UUAAAAGGUUGUAAUUUUCCUUACAAUUCUAUAAUGAUUAAAUUUAUUGCAGAAAAUGGAAAUAGGAAAUAAGGUUUACCUAAAUAACAUUGAUCAGAUAGAUGAAAAAUCGCAUAUCAAGGUUCGGGUGCUUAAAAUUUGGAACUUUGUCAGAAAUAAUAAAGUUUGUUCCAUUGAAAUGAUCAUCAUGGAUGAGGAGGGUACACAAUACCAAGCUCGUGUCUUCAAUCAGAAUUUCUCCAGAUUUCGUCAUCUUUUAAAGGAAGAUGAAAGUUAUAUAGUUAUAAAACCCAAUAUGGCUGCUGUUACUAAUGGUUUUAGUUAUACAAGUCAUAAACAGAUGUUAACUUUGGAUUGGAAAAGCAUCGUAAAAAAAUGUGAUGAUUUCUCGGGUCCGGUCAAUGGAUUUAUGUUUGUUGACUUUAAUUCUAUCAUAGAACAAACAUGCCCAAAAGACACAUUCUUUGAUGUUAUUGGACAUAUCGUGUCAUUUAGGCCUCUUGAAACUUCAAAUCCAGUACCAUCCAAGCAUUAUAUAAAAGUCACUCUUAGCAACCUAGAUUCUGUACAUCUGAAGGUUACUAUUUUUGGAAGUCAAGCAUAUCAAAUUUCAGAAUACCUAAAAAAUAACCCGACUGUUAAUUUUGUUGUUAUCGUGAUGCAGUUUUUGAAGCUAAACAUUUGGAAUGGUCUUGGUGAAGCUAAAAGUCAUUUUGAAGUAACGAAAUUGUUCAUAAAUUCUGACAUUUAUGAAAUAAAUGAGUUUAAAAAUAAGUUGAAAUGUCAUGACAAUUUCGGUAUAACUGAAAAAAGCAUAACUACACUUCAAAGCUACUCUUCUUCAUAUACAGAUGACUUUAAGGGCAAUUUUCCAUUAAAAACAAUCUGUGAGAUCACCGAACCAAUUAAGGAAAUGAAGUUUUUAUUAGUUGCUUCCAUUGUUAAUAUAAGGCAGAAUCUACCAUGGUAUUAUGAAGCAUGCAAAAAAUGUGGAAAAAAAGUUAUCCCUGUUCCCAAAACCAAUCAUUCGUAUACCAACCCUGAGGGAAUUUCCGAAACUAUGGUUGUCGAGUGUACAAAUGCACAAUGCAAAAAAUCUGAAUUUCAGGAAGCAAGGAGGUUGUUAAAUAUAAGUGCCUACGAGUUGAAAAAGAUACAUGAUGCGGCCGGAGACAGUGAUGCCCUAUUUCCAAUGCAACUUAAUGUGUUGAAAAACCGCAAGUUUGGUUUUGUUGUAGAUAUUACAGAAUACAAUGUCAACAACUAUAAUAACAUCUACACAGUUCUCAGAGUUACAAAGAUAUGUCCAUUGUUUGUGAAUUGGAAAAGUAAUCAAUCUGUCGCCUUAAAUCAAGUUGCUUUGGAAUCCGAUGAUGUUGUACAGCCUGUUCAAAAGGAUGUGAUCUCACAAACAGACGAAAGUUUUACACCCUCAACAGUUGAUAAGUCAACCGCAACAAGUCCUUGCAAAAUAUCAGGUGAUUUGAAGCGCAACCUCCAAGAAAUUUAUGAUGUUGAUUCUGGAUAUGAUUUAAGUUCAACUAAGGCUAAAAGAAAGUCAACCGCAGAGGAAACUCCACUCUUGAUUCCAAAAAUUGAAAAGUGA